AUGUGCAUUGAAUGGUUUGAAUACGAUGGUAAACGCAGAAACUUCCAGAUGGAUCUGACCAAGGAUACUCCUUGCCCUUGUAAAAUGUCUCAGGCUCUGCUUGAUCUCGGCAGGUACAUGCCGAUUAUGGAUUGCGAUAAAGACGGCGACACCUCAUGUCCAGUCAACAAGGGAGCUCAGCACUGCAUCCAAGCUGUCCAGCCAAGCUCGACUGGCUCUUCACAGCAGUGCUGCUACGACUAUGACGGAUAUCUAAUGUUCACUGAUGACUGGGAACCGGAUGGUGACUAUAACAGGUUCUUCCAACCGGGUACACCAGCUCGCGCUCACAAGUUUGGUGCGUCACCAUUUCGGCAGCCGCCUUUCAUUCCAACCAUGUCGAACUAUCAGCUGGAUCUCAUGCCGUACAGGACGUGUUGCACGUCGCGACAAACUGUGAUUUCCCUUCACUACUGGGCCUAUGACAAAUGGAUGACUCAGCGGCAAUGUACAACUGGCCCUCCUGGGAUACAUUUACGGAUCGGAGCCACAUGUCAGUAA